UCCCCCACCGCCACCACACCAACCGGCUCCGCGGCCGACGAUCUCAACGAAGCCGAGCUUUUCUGGUCCAUAGAGGUCUCCGAACCAGAAAAUGAAUACCCCAUCCCCCUUCCGGCAGACAAUAACCGGCGCCGGAAUUUCGAUCGGCCUCAAAACUCCGGCAUCCUUGCCGUGCUAGCGGAACCCGAUCAGGUGCCGGUGUUUCGCCGGAAUCCAUCCGUCUCGUCGUCCCCGAGGCUGAUUCCUUCGCUUACAAGACCUCCAGCUCAGAAUUCGGAGUUUCUGGCGCAGUCCGCUCCUUCUAGAAAGUUCCAGCAGUCCGCUCCUGUGAUGGUUCCGAUUCUGAUGUCAAAAGCUGCCCCGCGGCGGAGGAAGGGCGACGAAUUAGCCGUCGUCUGCGACGGCGAUGUGGACGGCGACGAUGAGGUGCUUCCGCCACACGAGAUCGUGGCAAAGGGUUCGGGAUUUUCGCCGAACAUCACUUUCUCGGUGUUGGAAGGUGUGGGGAGAACGCUCAAAGGGAGGGAUCUCCGUCAGGUGAGGAACGCUAUAUGGCGCAAAACAGGUUUUCUUGAUUAAAUUAUUUUUGCUCUUAUUAUAUUCUUAAUAUUACUUUUUUUGAAAAAUUACGUGAGGAAGCUCAAUUUUCAUAGCUUCUAUUCACCCCGGAUGAGAGGAUAGCUAAAAUGAACAUGUGCUACACAUAGCCUUUUACUUUUGUAUCUUGAGUUUUGAAUAGUAGCUUUAUCUUUUACUUUUGUGUAAUAAGUGUCAUGUGAUCUCUAGAAUAUGAAAGUGAUUGGUUCUGUAUAUUGAAUAUUCUCGUUUCUUAUGCGGAUUUUGCUUUGAUUAUUAUCUAACAGUUAAAGUUUUUGUUG